AAACAGCACAAGUUUUUUCUGAAAGCUGAAACCUGGUCACACUAAAGUACCUGAAUUGUGCAAUAGCGGUCGUUAUCUGGUGGUUUUGACCAGAUUUAUAAAUUAAACCGUAGAAAUGAGCGGGCGACGAGUGGGCAGCCUACUAGCCCUGGGAUCUACCGCCCUGGGCGCCUUUUACCUGGGUACCCACGUGGAACGGCAACGAGGAAACGAUGAAUCCACCAAUAGCCUUCUCCGCCUGCCGGGAUUACCCACUUUUGGAACCGUUUCGGCGGCCAGCUUGAUUCCCGCCCAGGAGGCCAAUGUCAGCCUGGCGGCGACUCCCUCACGGAUCGGCCAGAUCAUGAAGUACGGCUUUCCGGGACUGGAUCACGUGCGAUCCCACUCGGACUACGUGCUGUCCUAUGAUCGGCGGAAUCGAGUGCCCCACUGGGUGUUCGAGCACCUCACGGCGGAGUCGGUGGCCAAGAACGAUGCGGUGGACCGGGCCAAAUGUGAUUUCCGGCAGGACGAGAGCAUCCACCCGUUCUUCAGGUCGCAGAACACGGAUUACCGGCGAUCUGGUUACGAUCGCGGGCACAUGGCCGCCGCCGGCAAUCAUCGACUCCACCAGAAGCACUGCGACGAGACCUUCUACCUGUCCAACAUGGCGCCACAGGUGGGCCAGGGAUUCAAUCGGGAUGCGUGGAACACCCUGGAGGCGCACGUGCGCAAGCUGACGAAGAGCCACUCCAAUGUGUACGUCUGCACGGGUCCACUGUAUCUGCCGCACAAGGAGGACGAUGGCAAGACCUACGUGAAGUACGAGGUCAUCGGGGCCAACACGGUGGCAGUGCCCACCCACUUUUACAAGGUCAUUGUCAGCGAAUCCCCGGACCACAAGCUCCACAUGGAGUCCUAUGUGAUGCCCAACCAGGUGAUCAGCAACGACACCCCCAUCAGUGUGUUCCAGGUGCCGCCCGAGAGCGUGGAACGCUCGGCAGGAUUGCUCUUCUUCGACCAAAUCAAUCGCAAACAACUGGCCACCAUCAACGGCAAGAAAGUCUAGUCAGUCUAGUUGGCUUAGUUUGGUUUUAGUGUGUAUUUGACCAGGGAUAGCCCCUUUGUGUAAUGUAAUUUUCUUCUUUUCCAAAGAACUUGUGGAUUAAUAAAAGUAAACAAUUAAUACAGAUGUA